AAGGGUCUCCUCUUCUCUGGACCCUUGUCCCCAUCUACGUCCCUCAGACCUUCGAGUGGAGGCCACUGCCUUCAGUCCCCCACCGUCCAACCCCUCCCCAGCUCCCACCCCUGCCUGUGGAGCCUGGAAACCGGAGAGGAAAUGACUGAGCCGCUCUGGUCCCCGCCUGCCUGCGUCCGCGCCCGCGCCCGUGGCCACACCCUCCACCCUGAGGCAGCUCCCACGCGGUACUCUGACACUUCAGUCUGGAGACCUCGGGCUCGGAUGUAAGUCCCUCCACUUGCUCUAUUGCUCGGAGCCACGCAUGCAGAUGUCACCGUCCAGUCGCCUGUGUCUCCUCACUAUAGUCGCCCUGAUUCUGCCCAGCAGAGGGCAGACACCAAAAAAGCCCACAUCCAUUUUUACAGUGGACUGGAUUUCUGUGACUACUCCUGACUAUGUCCCAGAUCCAGAUCAAACCAGCCCAGGAGUGCAUACCAUCCCUCCCAUCUGGACCAGUGAAGCUGGCAGAAGCCAGACAGCCAAAACCAAGACCCAGCAACUGACAGAAAUGGCCACCUCGAAUCCAGUGACAGAUCCAGGACCACAUACAAGCAGCAAGAAAGGUACCCCGGCACUCUCCAGAAUUGAGUCUCCCAGACCAACCAAAAAAUAUAUGCCUCCAUCCUACAUUGAGGAUCCACUAGAUUCGAAAGAGAACAACCCCUUCUACUACGAUGAUACCACCCUGCGGAAACGGGGGCUGCUGGUGGCGGCAGUGCUGUUCAUCAUGGGAAUUAUCAUCCUCACUAGUGGGAAGUGUAGACAGUUGUCUCAAUUAUGCCUGAAUCGCCACAGGUGAGUGGGGGCCAGCACCCUGAUGGGCACCUCAGCUGGAGUCUCCAUAGCACACCAACCCACCACCUCUACCCCAAGAGCCAACAGAGUGGUCAACAUAAAAGGAUCCUCAAAAGGAAGAGGCCACUGGAGGGAGCCAGGCCUAAGGCUAAUGGUCUUCCCACCCUGAGGAGAGAGGUCUCCCCAGGCACUGCCAUGGCCCAGUCUAUACUGUUCAGAUAAAUCCACAUGGUCUCUCUCUUUCAUG